AUGGAGGCAGUUUAUCUAAACACUGAGCCUAUUUUCGGCGAGGAUGAUGAUGAUUAUGAAAACGGAGUCUGUUCAAUGGUGGAAAAUAGUGAUGACACUCAAGAAAUGCAGUUGAAAAGGGAUUUUCUGCCACCUACUGUUGCGACGAAUCCAAAUUUCUUUUAUCUGUUGGAUCUUGAUGAAGAGGGGCACUUGAGGAAUGUUUUGUGGGCUGAUGCUAGGUCUAGGAUUGCAUACAACUACUUCUGCGACACAAUCAUGAUUGACACAACAAGUUUGACGAACAAAUACGAGAUACCAUUGGUUUCGUUUGUGCGGGUAAACCACCACGGGCAAUCUAUUCUGUUGGGGUGCGGCUUUCUGGGACACGAGUCGGCCGAGUAUUUCAUUUGGAUGCUUAGGGCGUGGCUUACAUGUAUGCUGGGUCGUCAUCCGCAAGUUAUUGUUACCAACCAGUCCAAACCGCUGGUGAUGGCAGUCUCCGAGGUAUUCCCACUGGAUCAUCACUGUUAUUGUGUCUCUUAUAUAAUGGAUCGUGUUCCUGGAAAAAUGGGUGGAAUGGUCGGGUUUGAGGAAAUACAGCGGCAACUGCAUAAAGCAGUUUAUGAUGCCUUGAAGAUAUCUGAGCUUGAGAAACUCUGUGGGGAGAUGAUUAAUCAUGGGGGAGAAUAA